AGGGGCGCGAUUCAGUUUUAAUUGAAACACAAAAGCGAGUAACGAGGCAUCGAGGCGGGAUUCAAAGGGUCGGGGAUCCGCGAGGAAAGGAAAAGAAAGGCUUAGCCUCUGAGCUUAACAGCGCUGGGUAGUAGAAGGGUGUGGGGUUGGUAUUUUAGAGAAAGAUCCGAAACAGGAUGGCGGUCAAUAGCCCGGACUCUUACGGCAAGUCGCCAAAGAGCAUCCGCCAUUUACCACAGCCACCGCAAGCUUCGGGUCAAAAGAGUCCGACACAAAGGUACUCCGAGUCGACCAACUCAGAGUCGGGGGACUCGAACUCGGCAAAGACAAAGACGACCCGAACACCACGCACUUUUGAUCUACCCACCAAAUACUACCCACAAGUCGGGAGCGCCAAGUUCGACUGUGAGGAGUUCGGAGCUGCUGGAUCGCCGGCAAACCCGGGGAAAAAUCGCAACGGCGACAACACCGGAAACUACUUCACUUUCUCUGCCCCGAAGAGCCCUAACAGCCCGGAAAGUCCAAACGCCGGUCCUAGGACUCCAAGGACCCCCAGGACUCCCAAGAGUCCCAGCUGCGAUGGGAGCGUGUUUAGUUCCCCAGGGUUUCCCUCGCCCUCGAACGUCUUCCAGUUCUGUAACGUCAGGAGGAACUUGAACAAGACCAUGUCCUACCCGCCAAAGAGCCCCAUCACUCCAACGGUAUCGGGAUCCCCGCAUCUCGGACACAAUCAGUAUUCCAAUUUCGGCCACGCAAAGAGCCAGACCCCCACGACUGGCAAAAAGCGACCCGAGCCGUUUGACCGCCGGCGUAGUUCCUGCUUCAAUCUUGGCCCCAGGAGUCCGAGGAGUCCAAGAAGCCCGAGAAGCCCAAUGUCCCCAACGAUCGUUGCCCCGACCGGACCGAGUCCAAUCGAGAGUCCAGAGGAACCGAAACUGCAAGUAGAAUUUGGCGCCAAGAGUCCCAGGUCCCCGGGUCAUGGACAAACGGCCAGGUUCGACUACGAAACUCCUCCUCGCCGUGGAAACUUUUCCUCCGGACAGUUCAAUCGCAGCCAAGGAUGCCUCGCUGGAAAGGAGACUCUUGUCGACGCCAAACCCGGAAAGACCAUGGCCCGCAGGUCCACGAGUGACCUGACCGACUUGACCGAAGCUGAGACCCAGGUUACCAUGCUUUCAAGUCCCGCUGCUCGACGAAGGGGCUCGAUGAAGGCAGGCUUGGCUUACCUGGCGUCACGACGCGGUUCAAGGGACAGUCAGGCGUCGAAUUUGUCGAACGUGAGCAAUGAGGACGUGGGCCCCCUCAAUUUCACCGCUCACCCUCGAGGGCGACAGCGCAGGACAUCAAAUUUCCUCGAAUUACCCGUACCUGACCACGUUCGGCCGAGGGUUCACAGCCUCCCUGAGAAGGCGUACAACCCUCGAGCAUGCGACGAUCUCUACAGACUGCGAGCCUUCAGCAUCACCCACAAGGGCGUGGUAAAUCGCGGGGACUCCAUUAUCUCGAGGCGUAGCCGGAGCAACACCUCGGUAAACAGCAGCCGAAACAGCAACGUGUCCGUUUCCGGGGAAAGAUCACCCUUCGAAGGAUCUUGCUGUAGCGCCCAAGGUGGAGCGGAAAGCACGGACAGCGACGUGGAGGAAGUGCCUAAAUACCGCGUCGUACUUCUCGGUGAUUCGGGGGUCGGGAAAACUGCCCUGGUCUCUCAGUUUAUGACCAGCGAGUAUAUGAACACCUAUGAUGCCAGUCUAGAUGACGAAUUUGGGGAGAAGACGGUCUCCAUUCUACUCGACGAAGAGGAAUCCGAAAUGAUAUUCAUCGAUCAUCCGAACGUGGAGAUGAGCGUGGAAAAUUCUUUAUCGACGUACGAGCCACACGCCUGCAUAGUUAUUUAUUCGAUAGUAUCACGUGCUAGUUUCGAAGUGGCCGAAGAGAUCCUUAACUAUCUUUGGCGAGAACAUUUCACCCAGGAACACGCUGUCAUCGUUGUUGGAAACAAGGCUGACCUGGCCAGAAGCCGGACAAUUACAGCGAAUGAGGGUAAGCAGCUUGCUACUUCGAGGGAAUGUAAAUUCAUAGAAACGUCGAGUGGUAUUCAGCACAACGUCGACGAGCUCCUCGUCGGGGUCCUUAAGCAGAUCCGACUGCGGGAGUCCCGGGACAAGAAACUGCGUCGUCAGGGCAGCAAGGGAAAAAUGCUGGUUAAGCUACACGCGAGUAAAACAGCCCUCAGCCUGAAUCUUGCCCGUGAAAUAUUAAGCAAGAUGUGUAUUAAUGACACGAAGAGCAAGAGCUGCGAGAACCUCCACGUCUUGUGAAGUAUCGCCUCGACGUUAGCCUAAUUAAGUACAUCUGC